GGGGCGGGGGCAGCGGCGGCUGUAGCGGCCGCGACCUGGGCGGGCGGAGGAGUGUGACGGGCCUUAGGGCCGCUGUGGAUGGUUUCUAAAAUGAUCAUUGAAAACUUCGAGGCACUCAAGUCCUGGCUCAGCAAGACUCUCGAGCCCAUCUGUGAUGCAGAUCCAUCCGCCCUAGCAAAAUAUGUUCUGGCUUUGGUAAAGAAAGACAAAAGUGAAAAAGAGUUAAAGGCAUUAUGUAUUGAUCAGCUGGAUGUAUUUCUUCAGAAAGAGACACAGAUAUUUGUGGAAAAACUUUUUGAUGCUGUGAAUACAAAGAGUUACCUACCUCCUCCAGAGCAGCCAUCAUCAGGAAGCCUGAAGGUAGAAUUUUUUCCACACCAAGAAAAAGAUAUAAAGAAGGAAGAGAUCACUAAGGAGGAAGAGCGAGAGAAGAAGUUUUCUAGAAGGCUAAAUCACAGUCCUCCCCAGUCAAGCUCCCGAUACAGGGAAAAUAGAAGCCGUGAUGAGAGGAAAAAAGAUGAUCGUUCGCGCAAAAGAGAUUAUGAUCGAAACCCUCCUCGAAGAGAUUCAUACAGAGACCGGUACAAUAGAAGACGAGGGCGGAGUCGCAGUUAUAGCAGGAGUCGAAGUCGAAGUUGGAGUAAAGAGAGGCUUCGUGAGAGGGACAGAGAUAGAAGCAGGACUAGAAGCAGAAGCAGAACACGAAGCAGAGAAAGGGAUCUGGUAAAACCUAAAUAUGACCUGGAUAGAACAGAUCCAUUAGAAAAUAAUUAUACUCCAGUCUCUUCGGUACCUAGUAUUUCAUCUGGCCACUACCCUGUACCUACUUUGAGCAGCACUAUUACAGUAAUUGCUCCUACUCAUCAUGGAAACAACACUACCGAAAGUUGGUCUGAAUUUCAUGAAGACCAAGUGGACCAUAACUCUUACGUAAGACCACCCAUGCCAAAGAAACGGUGUAGAGACUAUGAUGAAAAGGGUUUUUGUAUGAGAGGAGACAUGUGUCCUUUUGAUCAUGGAAGUGAUCCAGUAGUUGUAGAAGAUGUGAAUCUUCCUGGUAUGCUGCCUUUCCCAGCACAGCCUCCUGUUGUUGAAGGACCACCUCCUCCUGGACUCCCCCCACCUCCACCAAUUCUUACACCCCCACCUGUGAAUCUCAGGCCCCCAGUGCCACCGCCAGGUCCAUUGCCACCCAGUCUCCCACCUGUUACAGAUGAUAUUUCUUAUUCUUUGGUUUUGACAGGACCACCACCUCCACUUCCUCCAUUGCAGCCAUCUGGCAUGGAUGCUCCUCCAAACUCUGCAACCAGUUCUGUUCCUACUGUAGUAACAACUGGCAUUCAUCACCAGCCUCCUCCUGCUCCACCCUCUCUUUUUACUGCAGUUUUUGUAUUACCAGAUACAUAUGACACAGAUGGCUACAAUCCUGAAGCCCCAAGCAUAACAAACACUUCCAGACCUAUGUAUAGACACAGAGUGCAUGCACAAAGGCCCAACUUGAUAGGACUAACAUCAGGUGAUAUGGAUUUGCCACCCAGAGAAAAGCCUCCCAAUAAAAGCAGUAUGAGGAUAGUAGUGGACUCAGAAUCAAGGAAAAGAACCAUUGGUUCUGGAGAGCCUGGAGUUCCUACAAAGAAGACUUGGUUUGAUAAACCAAAUUUUAAUAGAACAAACAGCCCAGGCUUUCAGAAGAAGGUUCAAUUUGGAAAUGAAAAUACCAAGCUUGAACUUAGAAAAGUUCCUCCAGAAUUAAAUAAUAUCAGCAAACUUAAUGAACAUUUUAGUCGAUUUGGAACCUUGGUUAACUUACAGGUUGCUUAUAAUGGUGAUCCUGAAGGUGCCCUAAUCCAAUUUGCAACAUAUGAAGAAGCAAAGAAAGCAAUAUCAAGUACGGAAGCAGUAUUAAACAAUCGCUUUAUUAAGGUUUAUUGGCACAGAGAAGGAAGCACCCAACAGUUACAAACUACUUCUCCAAAGGUAAUGCAGCCUUUAGUCCAGCAGCCCAUUUUGCCUGUUGUGAAGCAGUCAGUCAAAGAGCGGCUGGGUCCAGUACCUUCAAGUACUAUUGAACCUGCAGAAGCCCAGAGUGCCUCUUCAGACCUUCCUCAGAAUGUAACUAAGUUAUCUGUGAAGGACAGGUUGGGUUUUGUAUCAAAGCCAUCUGUUUCAGCAACUGAAAAGGUGUUGUCUACAUCUACUGGCCUAACAAAAACAGUGUAUAAUCCAGCUGCUUUGAAGGCUGCACAGAAAACCUUACUUGUUUCCACCUCUGCAGUUGAUAAUAAUGAAGCACAGAAAAAAAAACAGGAGGCAUUGAAACUUCAGCAGGAUGUAAGGAAAAGGAAACAAGAAAUUUUAGAAAAGCACAUUGAAACACAGAAGAUGUUAAUUUCAAAACUGGAGAAAAACAAAACAAUGAAGUCUGAAGAUAAAGCAGAAAUAAUGAAAACUUUAGAGGUUUUGACAAAAAAUAUUACCAAGUUGAAAGAUGAGGUCAAAGCUGCUUCUCCUGGACGCUGUCUUCCAAAAAGUAUAAAAACCAAGACUCAGAUGCAGAAGGAAUUACUUGACACAGAACUGGAUUUAUAUAAGAAGAUGCAGGCUGGAGAAGAAGUCACUGAACUUAGGAGAAAGUAUACAGAAUUACAGCUGGAAGCUGCCAAACGAGGGAUUCUUUCAUCUGGUCGGGGCAGAGGAAUUCAUUCAAGAGGUCGAGGUGCAGUUCAUGGCCGAGGCAGGGGGCGAGGGCGAGGGCGAGGUGUGCCUGGUCAUGCUGUGGUGGAUCACCGUCCCAGGGCAUUGGAGAUUUCUGCAUUUACGGAGAGCGAUAGAGAAGAUCUUCUUCCUCAUUUUGCGCAAUAUGGUGAAAUUGAAGAUUGUCAGAUUGAUGAUUCUUCACUUCAUGCAGUAAUUACAUUCAAGACAAGAGCAGAAGCUGAAGCAGCUGCAGUUCAUGGAGCUCGUUUCAAAGGGCAAGAUCUAAAACUGGCAUGGAAUAAACCAGUAACUAAUAUUUCAGCUGUUGAAACAGAAGAAGUUGAGCCUGAUGAAGAAGAAUUUCAGGAAGAGUCUUUGGUGGAUGACUCAUUACUUCAAGAUGAUGAUGAAGAAGAAGAGGACAAUGAAUCUCGUUCUUGGAGAAGAUGAUUUGACUGAUCAUUGAUCUACAUAUGCUAGAACUCUACCUGUGUUUCAUUAGUAUUAUCUAAUGUACUUUUACAUAUUUGUAAAAACAAUUUUUGGUAAAAUGUGAUGAAGAUGGAUUUCACAAAUAGACAAAAAAGAAGAAAACUACCUUCUGAUCUUGUAUUUUGAAAGAUUGAUGUUUGCAUUUUAUUUCAGUAAACAAUUGCUAAAGACAUCACACUAGAAACAUAUGCAAUGUUUUUAUUACAUACUUCUACUGGACAUCACAGAAUUCUUUGGGUUCUUUGUAAUUUAAUGAAUAGGUCUGAAAACUUAUGACCAAUACUUGUUAUAACUUAGAAGACUUUGUUUUAUUCCAAAUAAGGAAUGAAUUUGCAUUUAAAAUCUUAAUGUUUUCAAAACUGAAUAGAUAACAUAGUACUCUAACUAAAGUCUCCAAGUUAUGUAUUAUAAUAUUACAUAGUAGUAUGCUUAGGCUUUACUAUGUAUUAGCCUUUUGUUGGACUGUGUAUGUAUUUUACCAUAUGGGUUUUAAUGAUAAUGGUGUAUGACUGCUUUACAUGAGUCCUUAUGCAUCCAGAUGUUAUAAUAAAGUGGAAUGGUCUCUUUAAAAAAAAAAAAAAAAAGGAAAGAAAAGAGAAAAGCAAUGACAAAAAAAAAAAAAAAAAAAGCCAAGACAAUGUUCCUUGAUUUAAAAAAAAAAAAGAAAAGAAAAAAGAAAGAAAAGAAAAAAAUUAAAAUAGACCAUUCCAGAUGGUGAUCUACCCUUCCCCCCAAUUAUCACAAAAGGAGCUAUAAUCACUAACUUAUUCUUAAUAAUAAUGGUUACUGGUACCCUUACAAUAAUGUACAAUCCAAUGUUUAAAAAUUAUACCACUUGAGUUUGGUUUGAUCCUAUAAAUUUUCAACAAAUGUCUUAAAAUUUAAAAGCAGGCUGAUUAGUUUGGAACCAGACUGCAAGUAGAGCUAACAUUUGGUGAAUAAGAAAACAUCACAUUACAUUUUGGAUGUAUGAAAGAAAACUUGACCAUUUGAAGAUAUAUGAAUAAAGAAAUGUACUAUAGAUACUACUUUAGGAAAACACUGUUUGUAGUCGUGAAAGGUGCCAAAUUGGCAGAGGCUCACGUUUCUUCUCUUUACACCAAACAGCAGAGAGAGAUCAUCAUUGCCUGAAUUUAGCUUUGUGACUGCAAGAGCAAGACCAGUUCCUGUCUGGAGACGACUGUUACAAUAAUAUCAUCCUAUUAUUUUAUGUUCACUCUUUAUCAAUUUGAACAGAUGUUUACAUGUACUAUAAUUAGCAUUUUAUCUCUACAGUUCUCUAAGAGUACAUCUGAGUCCAAAGUGUAUCUGAAUGUGUGCUCUGACCUUAUUCUUAAAUGUUUUCUCCCCGUACUUUAUAGCCAUUUAUUUUUUAAACACCUUAAGAAGGAACGAAAAAGUUCUCUUGGAUGACGUAUAUUCAAGUCUGAGCCAAAUUGAGGAUUGUGUCUAGGAAAUCUGUAAAGCCAUACUACUGUGUUCAUUAGCAUGAGCAAUUUAAAAUGAAAAUGAAUUAAAAAGUUAAACAUGA